AUGGAAUCGGAUGGGUUAUCAUUAUCUCAAAUGAACCGAAGUUCCAACGGAUGCUGGACAUGUCGUCUCCGACGGAAGAAAUGCGAUGAGAGGCAGCCGGUAUGUGACGCAUGCGCUGCACUGUAUAUCACAUGCUAUUAUAACCAAGAAAGACCCGAAUGGAUGGACGCUGGGGUCCAGCAAGAAGAGAUGGCCCAGAGAAUCAAGCGCCAGGUGAAAGAUAAUGCCCAUCGUCGCCGUUGGGAACGUGUGGUCAAUUCUGCCGGCAUUCAUAAUAUUCCUCCUAGCACUGACGUUUCUGACGGGGUAUCAGAGAUGCCUCCCAUGCCUUCCAGGGGUCAGGUUUCCCAGACGAACGACCUCACGGUGAAUUCCAGUAAUUCAAGUGAGGACACGGGUCUCAGCUCCACGGAAAUCAGUCCCUGGCAGGAAAACAGGCCGGGCUGCCUUUCCUUCCAAACGGAACAGGUACUGUGGAACAGGUCUGACAAUAUAUUCCUCAUGUUUUACCUCGACACUUUGGUUCCGUUCCUCUUUCCGUUUUAUCGCCCCUCAGCCUUCGAAGGUGGCAAGGCGUGGAUCCUCGAGAUGAUGAAUAGCAGCCCCGUUGCAAAACAGGCCAUGUUAUGCCAGAGCUCAUAUUUCUUUUCACUCACGCGGAAUGCCUUUGACCAUGCCCGUAUCUGUGAGAUCACGGCCAUGAAGACAAAAGACGCGUUUGAAACGCUGCGACGCGCUAUCCAGGUCCUCUUGGAUUCUAAUAUAAAGGACCAUAUUCACGGUGCUGCAAGAAUACUGGCAAGCAUCAUGCAUCUACAACGCUACGAAAUCGCAAUUUUGAGUUUCAAGAAUUGCCAAGUCCACAUCACUGCCUCUCUGGCUAUCUUCAAACAGCUCCUAGAGUAUGUCGGUUUCGGUCCCGGGUUUGGACCCACGGCAAGCUUCAACGCAGUGUUGAACUUGCUAGGGCCUCCAACCUGCAUUACACCUACUUUGAACGUGCCGAUUCCCAGUGCUGAACAGGCUGCAUUUCGCUUCGCUUCCGCGCUGCUGAUCUUAGACGACAUCAUUUCUUCUACUGCUCCUAUCAACUUGGAGACUGCCGUGGGGUGCCAAAACUGGGUAUUGUUAGAGAUCGGAGAGGUUGCCGCCCUGGAUGCAUGGAAACAAAAAUGCCGAAAGGCAGGGAAUUUGGAUGUAAUGAACCUAGUGCAGCGUGCCAAGUUGAUCAAGGAGUCACUCGAAAUGCAGCUCACACGACUAGAGUCCAACCGGGGGACUGCUGUCGCUGAAGAACCAAGCAUAUUUGGUUUCCUCGCGGUUGAGGGUGGGACAUCAAUUGCCCCUUCCACAAGCCAGACUUCUCAAGUUACCCGCGUCUGGGGACAUGCUGCGUUGCUCUACCUCUCCGCUGUUGUAUCAGGAUGCCAGCCGGCGAACCUAGAGGUGCAAUACCAUGUCAGCAAGGUCCUCGACAUAUUAACACGUGAAAUAUCACCGCCCACUCUCCUUCGGACAAUGGUUUGGCCAUUCUGCGUCGCCGGCUGUGUUUGUGACUCACGGCAAGAAGCGCGCUUCCGAGAUCUCGCCAAAGGGUUGCAGCCGACAAGUAUCUUUGGCCCUGUUCAAAGAGCCCUUGAGAUCAUGGAAAAUGCAUGGCGUCACAGGAAUUCUGAGACCACGAAAGAGUGGGAUCUCGCAGCAUGGUUUAGGAGCUUGGGUGAUCCGGUGUUACUUGUUUGA